UAGCUGCUAGCGUGUUGUGUUCUGGGCUGAGUUAACUUUGGGUUCACAACCUGCUGAGGUGAGGAGAAUAGAAAGGGGUGUAGGGGCUGGGCUGUCAGAAGAUGUCCUUCAGAGGAUGAGAGGAGUAGCCAACAUUGCUCCAGAACCCAAAUCAUCAUCAUCCUCAAGCCCGCAGAAAGACACAGGUCUCUCCCAUAGUGCCAGCUCGAGCUCUCGACCCCAGGACAGCGGCCAAUCCAGUACGCAGUCCAGCACUAGUAAACCAGCUUCCUACACUGAGGAAGAACAGAAGAGGUAUGGGCGCCAGCAGACAAUACUGAAGGAGGAGUUGGCCAAGAUACAAAGAGAGAGGGAGGCAGCGUGGUCUAAAGCUUUGAACUGGGAACACACACGCGAGGAAGCUGAAAAGGCCAAACAACUGUCGGCAGAUGAAAUAGAAGUAAUGACUCAGCAGCUACAGAAGAAAGAUUCACAGCUGAAAGCCCUGGAUGCCUUCUACAAGGAACAGCUGGCACAACUGGAGAAGAGGAAUUGGGAAAGAUACGAACAGAGCAAGGAACAGUUCCACCAAGCUGCCUCCACCAUGGAAGCAAAUAUGAGGUCUCGCAAUACAGACCCAGUGUGUUCUGGCCUGCAGGCUCAGAUUUUAUCUUGCUACAGGGAGAAUGGCCACCAGACCCUAAGGUGUUCAGACCUUGCCAAAGAAUACAUGCAGUGUAUAAGUGCUGCAAAGAAGUGUUCAGUUUGUAAUCACAACUCCAGGACGAUGAUGCUUUGACAGGCUUCACACAGCGUAGACGUAGACAGACUGAGACUGAGCUGCAACUAAACCCACAACAAAAAGGAGGCAAGUUCUUCAAGAUGCUCGGAGCAACCUGUCUGCCAACCAGUUUGAAAAUUUGUGUGCAACUGUACCGACAGGAAUUAGUGCUGUUUAGGAGGCAAAGGAUGAUCACACCAAAUAUUUUUUUGAUGAAAUAUUUUAUUACUUUUUAAAACUUCUCACUCUGCAUUCUUUUUUCACAAGUACCUAAGACUUUUGCACAGGACCAAUAAUAAUUUGGAGCUUUUGACAAAUCAACAUGUUGACCUUCAGUUCUGUUAUUUUCUUCCUGCUACUCCCUUCUUUUCUUUCGUGAAGUGAAGUACUGUAAUUAAGCCCUGGGAGAAGUAUGGCUUGUUUUGCUCAUGUUGUAACAUUUUCAACUCAAUGAUGACCCAGCCAGGAUACACAAAUCAAAACUAUUAACCAGGAAUGAUUGGGCCAUUCCGCACUCCACAGUGAGCUGGCUCAGCUGGCCUUAAACAAAUGAUUGUGUUGCAAUCUAGGCGUAAUCACUGAUUUUUCCACACGGAACCAUGCUGCCUGUAGUUU